GAGAUGAGUUAUUUGCCUCUCUCUCUCUCUGUCACCAGGGGCUGGGUCAGGCUAAGGGAGGCUGUGGAUGCUGCUACUGCCCCUCUGCCCAAGCCCAGAGACAUUGGGAUUCUAGAAUGCAGGGUGGCAGCCCACGUGACCAACUCACUUACUCAAAGUCCUGGUCCUCAGUAUGAACUCCAUCCAGACUCCGUCCCAGGCCUUAUUAUGACCAUAAGAUGAUCGGAGCUGGACAGUCACUUCCUCCUUAUUCCUAAGCCAUUUCUGCUUCUCCAACCAUCUUGCUGACAAGACAUGUUGCUCUAAUUCCACUGAUUCAAGACUUUCUAUUCUUACCAACAAAGCAUAUCAGGCAGCUUACCCCUAAACAUGCCUGAGCAGACACGGAAUCUCUUAGAAGACGCGCUGUGGGUACAGAUUACCCAGCAGACAGUUUCUUCUGAUUUUAAUUCUAUGAACUUCCUUCCUGGUCAGAUGAAUGCUAUCACCAUAGUCCGGAAGGGCCUCCCGCAGAGCAGAGCAUUCUAGGGCUUUGUGAAGGGACCCCCCACCCCACCCCCCGCAACAGGGCCAGGUCCUUCUUUCCCAUGAGAGCCCCUCCUCAGGAAUGUGGGGGGAGGGGCUCCUGGCCACUGGGGCCCUGGGCUGGGGCGAAGACAGGGUGGGGUCACGGAGGGGAGGUACAUUCUCGGGCUCUGCCCCAGACCUACUCAGUUUGAAACUCUAGAGACAGGGUCCAGAAGCCCUUCAGGUGACUAGAUUAGAAAGCACUCAAAAUACACAGUGGCCACAACUGGCCAGCCAUCCUGAAGAUGGAGCAGGACCAGGCAGCAUUUCAUCCUGUUGGACAUGGUGUCUUGACUUGAUGGCAGCUAACAACAACAACAAGCAGGUUAUUCUGAUGCAGAAUGGUGGCAAGAACUCGCCAGGAGUGGGAGUACCAUUUAGAGUCCUGGCUGUCCAGUGGACUCUGCAGGUGGGGGGACACGGCAAGCUCCCCUGCCCUGGCGGUGGGGGUGCUGUUUCCAUGUCUCCAGGUGUCAGUCCCAGGACUGGGUGAGACGAUUUUGCAGACUCAGGCAGUGAUGGAAUUAGGGGAACACACAUCUCAGAACUGCACAGUCAGAGCCUCCCCCCUUCCUCACGCGGCUCUUGAAGGAAAACAGCGAUAAGUGCAGUUGCCUUGAAGGUCCUUGGGUAAAGCCACAGGGAGCUGCCAGCUUGCCUGAGUGAGUCAAAAAAUUUAAUGUACUCCACUUAGUCAAGGAGAGGGUCUCUGUGUGGUGCGGAAGGUUAAGUGCUUGAUUACUAGUCGAAAGGUUGGACGUUCAAGUCUACCUGGAGAUGCUCGGAAGACAGGCCUGGCAAUCUGCUUCAGAAAGGUCACAGCCUUGAAAACCCAGUGGAACAGUUCUCUGCACACAUGGAGGCAAAAUGGACUUGGGGGCAACUAACAACAGCUAAGGAGAAAAGGUCUUUCCUUACCUUAAGCAGGAACCUUGGUCCCCAACAACACAUUUUUCUAUAACUGAGGGGAUGGAUCUUAGUUGGAACCCGCCGGCCUGGGACUUCUCCUCCCCCCAUUAUCGGGGUGGGGACUUUUCUGAGUCGCGUCAUGCAGUUUCUGAGCAGGGUAAACAAACACAGGCCCCACAAGGAGAAUCAAGGAACAAUUACUUUUGUUUUGACGUAUUUCCCUUUUUGGCAGUCCCGGAGGAGGUGUCCCAGGAGAACUGGUUUUUACCGACUCAAGCAAGACUGCCCCAGAAGGUUCCACUCCUUUCACACUCAUCCAGGGUCUCGCAAGAGCCCGACCUUUGGCAUACAAUAUCUCAUUUAUUAACCGAGGCUCAGGGAUGUUAAACAAGCAGCCCGAGGUCACACAGCGGGUGGUGAAGUCGGCAGAGCUACGGCACGUUCCUGCUCUCUCGGGACCCCACCGGCUUCCCCGGACACCCGAUUCAGCAAGGCUGGGCUGGGGGUGGGGCUGGGGCCGGGGCUGGGGCCGGGGCCUUCCGCCGCCGCCGCCCCGGUGCUCGAGGAAUCUGCGCCCAGGGAGACGUCGUCCUCCGAGGUCCGCGGGCGAGGGAGUGACUGCAGGCUCCAAGGCCCAGAGGCUGCUGGCCCCUAGGAGGCCCCGCAGAUCCUUCUUUGAGUCCUUUAUCCGGACCCUGAUCAUCGUGUGUGCUGCCAUGGCUGUGGUCCUCUCUUCCAUCUCCAUCUGCGAUGGCCGCUGGCUCCUGGCUGAGGACCGCCUCUUUGGGCUGUGGCACUUCUGCACCACUGCCAACCAGAGUGAGCCACACUGCCUCCGAGACCUGAGCCAGACCGGUGUGCCCGGGUUGGCCGUGGGCAUGGGCCUGGUCCGAAGCGUGGGCGCCUUGGCUGUGGUGGCGGCCAUCUUUGGCCUGGAGUUCCUCAUGGUGUCCCAGGUGUGCGAGGACCUCCACUCACGGCGCAAGUGGGCCCUGGGCUCUGUGCUCCUCCUCGCCUCCUUUACCCUCUCCGCUGGGGGGCUCCUGAGCUUCGUGAUCCUCCUCAGGAACCAGGUCACGCUCCUCGGCUUCACCUUGAUGUUCUGGUGCCAGUUCACCGCCUCCUUCCUCUUCUUUCUGAACGCCCUCAGUGGCCUGCACGUCAACAGCAUCACACAUCCCUGGGACUGUCCAAGGAAAUUCUAGAGCCCCCCUGGGGACAUCAGGUUCUGCAGCGAAGUGUGGUCAAGAUGGGACUUUUUCAAAAUUUGACCUCUGGUUGGGGUAGGGGUGGGACAAUGACCUUGAAACUGCUGCCUCUUAGCCGCUAAGCUUUGGGUGGUUGGCCAGAAAUGGCCCCCAGGCCUUUGCAGCUGGUCUGCAGGGCCAGAGGCCAGGAGGUGCCUCAGUGCCACUGGCUGCACAGGCUGCCAAGUUAUUAGGAUGCUGAUUUUAGAAGACAAAAAAUAUUUUAAAACUCUUCCUGAAUCCUUCCCCUGAGGACUGGCUUAGGUUUGGAGGCAGGUAGGGUAACCAGUGCCGAGGCCAGCUGCACAGCCAAGUACAGUUCCUACGUGUUUGAUUGACUCUUGCUGGUCUGUGGGCUUGGGGGAUUCCUGGGGUCUCCUGGGGCUGCUAAGAGGGGAUCACUCUUCCAGCUGAGGGUCCAGUUGGUGCCAGGGACUUUCUUCCACCAGUUCACAGGCCCUUUGUGGACAUUUCCCUGGCUCCUCCUUUGUUCAUACCAAGGGGGCAGAGUUCAGGAUCUCCUCAGGAAUUGAUUUGAUUUGACCUCUGCCCUUUGGGGGCCCCACAAUCCCUGGGUAACCCUGGCUUCUAGCAGCCGCUCUGGUGACUGUGCCUGUGGGGAUCCUGCCUCAGGGUGGCUUUCCUUUCUCCUUUAGCAAGCUCCCAGGAGGGUCCACCUGACCCCUAAUACACAGUCCUCCCUGAGGUGAGCGUGUGUGUCCAUUUAUUUGCAAGGCUCACAGCCUCAGGCUGCCAUUUUGGCCCUAGAAAAUGGCUGUUUUUCAAGAGCAUGGAUCUUGACCUGCUGGACCCGCUGGCCUCUGUGAGGGUCAAGGGGGAAUGGCCAGACCUCAGGUAAUGAUUAACCACUGUUCUGGGGGUGAGUGACGUGAAGGGGGGCUGGGAGCCAGUGGAGAUUUCCAUCCUUGCCGGCAGAUCUGCAUUUUUGUCCGUCAAAUUGUCUGCUUUCUAGUCCCUUCUCUGCUCACAGCAGGUGGGGUUUUUUCCUUGGCUCACUUCAUUCUAUUCUGCCCCCACCCCAUGACUUGCGGCUUCCACUGGGUUUCUUCUGGUGUGUGGGCUUCCCUUGUCUAGCCAGGUCCCUUCCUGGGCUGGGUUGAGUGCCUAUACAUACGUUCACAGUGAUUUUUAAAACUUUUAUUCAAGAUACACAGAGUCCAUGGAGAUCACCUGGGAAAGGUGUCUGGACUAAUUGGUUUUACAAAGAACAGAGCUCGUCAAAACUACAUCCAGGCUCAGAGUCUUGGCCCUGGAAAAUGGGAAUCUGGCCUUUUCACAUCAGGAACAGUCCACAGCUGCAAAGGGGUGACCCCCCCCAACCCCCUAGUUUGCAGGCGGGAGUAGCAGAGCUGGGGACCCAGGCCCAGCACUUGUCCAGGUCACAAAGCCAGCACUGGACUUUGGGCCCCUCACCAGCAAGAUGCUGUCUUCUAUACACGAGGGACAGGAGUUACCUGGGUGUUGGUCCAGAUCGCUUUCCCCUGAGCACUGGUAGGUGCAAAAGGUUAAGCAUUCAGCUACUAACCAAAAGGUUGAUGAUUCAAACCCACCUAGAGGAGCCUUGGAAGAAAGCCCUGAUGAUCUACUUCUGAAAGAACACAGCCAUUGAAAACCCUAUGGGGCACAAUUCUACUCUGACACACGGGGUCCCCAUGAGUUGGAAUAGACUCAAUGGCAACUGGUUUGGAGCACUAAGAAGUUUUGUUUCGUAAGAAAA